AUGGAUUUAAUUUAGUUAUCAUCAAUGAUAUUAAAUACACUCUUAUAUGCAACAUAGUAUGUGAUGAGCAAAUAUAUCUAUAGAAUAUAGAAACAGAGUAAUAGAUUAAUAUAAGUAAGAAUUAUCGACAAAUGAUAAAUAAUUGGCUAAAGCAUUCCGAUAUUAGAGAAGGAAAAUAAAAAUUAUUAUAAUGGGUUUGCCAACUUUAUUAUGCUUUGUUCAAAAUUAUUACAAUUUAUGCUUGAGUUACACAUAGUCAGAAAAAUUGAAUAUUUUUGAGUGUUUAAAAAAAUUUGAUACUGAAAAAAUAGGUAUGGGAAUAUUGACUUCUUUUUAUAUGACUCUUUUAUUAUACAUUGGUCCAGUUUAUUAAGAAUUUUGGGUAAGAAAAAACACAUUAUAUAUAGAAUGGGAAUUUGAGGGAGAAAUUUAGUAAAAUUAGGUUCAACAAAUUUAGAUGGGAUUACUUUACAAAGAUCGUUAUUGUACUAUUAUUUCUUUAAACAUUAUAAGACUCCAUUAAUUGAUGAAAUUAUAUUUAGAGAACUUGUGAAUAAUGCUAUAAAUGUUAGAUAUUAAAAUAACAUCUAGUUCAUCAUUUAUUCAACAUUGUUAUAUAGUUUAAGUAAAUAAGAAAUACUAUCUAAUUAGCAAAAGCAUUGUCUUAUUAAUUAAAAUAUGGGUAACUAUCACGUUAUGAAUUUCUAAAAACAUUUGUAUUGGGAUUGUACUUGUCUUUUGUCUUAGUAUAAACAAAAACAAUAGUGACAGUAAUAAUCAAUCAUGGACUUAUGAAUUUUAUGGGAAGACCGAACUUUAAGGAUUUAGUUAAAGGAAAAUAUAGCAAUGAAUAAAGAUAAAGUAUAAAAGAAUUUACUAUUAUAAGAGAUGAUACGGUUUUAUGUCCUCGGUUUCGUAGCUUUUCUAAUUUUUUGUGUUUUAGUUUUGUGAUUUUAUUUAUUAAUGGAUUAAUAUAAAAUAGUGAAAAGAUUGGGAGAUGGAACUUAUGGGUGCGUCUACAAGGCAACAAAUAUCAACACGGGAUAGAUUGUUGCUAUAAAAAAGUUCAAAAAAAAAUAUACUUCUUGGGAUGAAUGUAUAAACCUUAGAGAAGUAAAAGCAUUAUAAAAAUUAAAACAUCCUAAUAUCAUCAAAUUAGUUGAAGUAUUCAAAGAAAAGGAUGAGUUGAAUUUAGUUUUCGAAUUUUUAGAUAAGGAUAUUUAUCAACAAUAUUUAGAAAAUCAAAAUAAUGGAAGACAUUUGUCUGAAGAUAAGAUUAGGUCUGUAAUAAAAUAAGUAACUGAAGGUUUGGCAUAUAUGCAUAAAGUAGGAUAUUUUCAUAGGUAAUUAAUAUAAGUAUUGUAGAGAUUUAAAACCAGAAAAUCUAUUAGUAUCAGGGGAAACAGUUAAAAUAUGUGAUUUUGGAUUAGCAAGAGAGAUCAGAUCAAAACCUCCAUAUACUGAUUAUGUUGCUACAAGGUGAUGAAUAUUUAUAAUAUUUCAGAUGGUAUAGAGCACCAGAAAUCCUACUGAAAUCUCAAUAUUAUAACUCACCAGUUGAUAUAUUUGCAUUAGGAUGUAUAAUGGCAGAACUAUACACCCUUAAACCUUUAUUUAAUGGAAGUUCAGAGUUAGAUCAGCUUUUUAAGCUUUGUUAAACAUUAGGUACACCAAAUGUUCGAGAUGUAUUUAUUAACAUGAAUAUUAUAAGUGGCCCGAAUCAUAAAAAUUAGCAAAUGCUGCUAACAUUACUUUCCCAACAUAUAGUCCUGUCUAGUUAGAAAAAAUCAUACCAAAUGCUUCAUCAGAAGCGAUUGAUCUUAUCAGAGAUAUGUUAAAGUAUGAUCCUUAGAAAAGGCCUUCUGCUAAAUAAAUUUUGGAAUAUCCAUAUUUUACAAAUCAUUGCUUUCCUAUGAUAUAAUAAAUUGAGAAUAAAUAGGAAUUUCCAAAAAUUGACAGAAUAGAAAGACACGAAAAACAAGAAGACAUAUUUGAAUUACCUAAAGUCAAUAAUAAGGAAAAUAGAAAUAAGAUGAAUGAAUCUAAUUCAAACUUUCUAGACCUUUUGGAAUAAAAGAUAGCUGACUAUGAGAGACCAGCAAAAAAGGAAGCCUCAAUACAUAAGAGUAGCGUGAAGGAACAUAAAGAGUAUCAACCAUAAAAAGAUUAUAGAGAAUCUAAUCUACCUAUAAUCCAAAAUAAUCAAAAUAAAGAUUACUUGAUGUCUAAGGAUUUCAAUUAAAUUGAUAAUCUAGAUCCUAGAAUUGAUUCUAGAAAUAAAAAAGGUUAGGCAGGAUUGAAAUUCUUAAGGCAUAAUGAUCCUAUUGGAGAGUAACUUAGAAAUCAAUAAUAAUUGAGUAUUUAAUAAUCAAGAUCUUAUGAACCGACGAAAAGAAAUAUUUAUGAUUUUAAUCUCAUAUAAAUGCCAAUAGCUAAACCUACUUUUCAACCUAAACUGGAAAUGCCUAAAUAGAAUAAAAAUUAGAUCCUUGGAUAAAAUUAUCCAAAAUCAUUGCCUAUUGCCCCAAAUAUGGGAUAUAAGUAUCAACAAUAAUAACAAUAUAAAUUCGAUGAUAUCUUAUAUGGUAAGCCUCCACUUAAAUAGUAUUAUUGAU